AUGCCCCCCCUCCCAACCUCGGCUUCCAAUCUCCGCCCCAACAAACUCCUCCAAAACCUCUUCAUCAGCAUCCUCUACCUGCUCACCAUGAUAAUCACCCUCUUCAGCGUCCUGGUCAUCGCCUCCACAUGGACUUUCUUCAUGCUGGAUUAUAAUUUUGAGAAUCUUUCCGUGACGGUACUUUCUGGGGUUGCGGAGGUUGUAUUGAGCUCGGCUGACAGGUUAUGCGAUUUUGUGGGGUUGGAGAUGACAGAUGAAAGGUUUUAUUAUUUUGGGUGGGAGGAAGAAGAGGAGGAAGAGGAGGAGGAAGAAUGGUGA